CUAGACAAGGAGCAAGUACAUGAGGCCACCCACACCAUCCAGUGCUUCUCUGAGAUGAGAGCAGGAGCAGAGGGCCUCGACACUCAGGACCUUGAGAUGAUGGGGUUGGACCAGAACUAGGGUGGGACCAGUCAGGGGCUGUCACUUUUUCAAGCUAAAGGGGAUGUACAUGCAGGUAACCUUGUCUGGUUCAAAGCUGAGCUCCCGUGACCCUCUUUCCCUUGUCUGUUGUGAGUUUAGGAGGCCACUGAGGCAGAGCCAGAGGGUAAGGCGGACUGCAGGCUGGCUAUUCCUGGAAAGGAAGUGGGAUCUUUCCUGUGUUUAGAAGGACACAUGGAAAGUCAGCUAUUGGGAAGUCCAUCUCCACCUGUGGCUAAGAAGCGUGAGAAGAAGCCCAACCUCACGGCCUUCCCUCCUAAGCUGGUGGUGGAGCAGUUGACCGUGAUGGAUGUGAUUGUAGAGGUGGACACUAACAGGACCUGCUGCACAGAGUGGCUGUGCCGGCUCCAUGAGGAGCUCUUCCGGAAGGUGGUGCCCUCUGAGUGCCUGGGCUCCACCUGGGGCAAGAGGAACAAGCCCGGCCAUGAGCACCUGGGACACACUGUCCGGGCCACCAUCGACCAUUUCAGAAGGGUGGCUAGCCUCGUCAUCACCACCUGCCUCGGGGACCCGAGCAUGACGGCCCAGGACAGGGCGAGGGUGGUGGAGCGCUGGAUCCAGGUGGCCCAGGAGUGCAAGAUCCUGAAGAACUUCUCCUCGCCCCGCACUGUCACCUCUGCUCUGCAGAAAACCUCCAUAUGCCACCUGAAGAACACACAGGGGAAGUUUCCUGGGAAAUGGAAGGAUGGUGAUCGUGUGGUGCAGGCCUCACAUGGGGGUGAUGAGGUAAGAGGGAGGAAAAGAAUGUGGGAUCUUUCUGCCUGCUCCACCUGGAGAGGUGAGGGCAAGAACAGUGAUGACAGUCAUGCGACAGUGAGUCCUCAGGAGAACCUGUGAGGUAGCUGGAGUUCUCACACUUUCCAGAUGAGGAAACAGGCUUGGGGAGUCCAGGACGCAAGCCCAAGCUUACACUCAGAGAGUUGGAGCUGGGCUUGUUCUGGAAUCACAAGACCUUGGAGGGUGGAGUGGAAUUGGUACCAGUUGACUCUAGUCAGAUGUCCAGUGUCGGAGGCGAGUGGUGCUGGAGAGAAAUGCGGUGAGGGGACUAUGGCCUCACUGACACUGUCCUCGACCC